AAGUGCAAAUGACCCACUACAAAUCCGUACUCCAAUAUGGCCCAUACUGAGUUUCUACUUUCUUCGACCAAGUUGUGACAAGUCUCCAUCGCUCGUGAACAUUGGCGAACUCACUGGAAAUCUUCUUCUCUGGCGAAUUAGAGUUUUAGAACCGGUGAAGGAUGGGACGCAAAGCUGGUACCUUAUUCAUAAACCCAAAGAACUUUGGAAGUCUCCAAAAACCUUGUGUGAAGGAUUUUGUCGCAUUUCUUAAUUGUUUGACUCUAAAUUAUAACAAGGACGAUAAAUGCGGCAGGCAAAAAUCACUUUUAAGUGCAUGCAUGGAGGCUCAGAGUGGCAGAAAUAGAAAGCCUUGGGGUAGCAUUAAUUAUCACCUCCAGAGGCUUAACAGGGGAAGGAGGUAGUUUGUAUCGAGUUACUUGUGCAUAACAUAAGCUGCAGUAUUGCGCGUCAGUGUGUCAAUAUUUCAAUAAGUUGCUGAGAUUUCCUUGAUUGUCAGCUUGUUACUGAGGUGGUCAAUGUAAUUCUUGACGAAGCUAAGUCACACUUAGCAAGCAUUCGACUUAAUAAAACCUUUUACCAUGUCUUGCUGUAUUUGGAUUUUAUCUAUGACUUUUUCACUUGUAGCUUUAGAGAGCUGACAAUGAUUGUGUUUCAGUGAUGUUGUUGUCCAUUUGUCAUACUGAUAGUUAACAUGUCUGUUGUUGUCAGUGGCUAUAAA